AUGGAUGCUGAUAUCUUUCAUGAAGAAGGUGUUUCUGGUGAUGAAUUCAAUAGUAUGGAACCAGAGGCAGGAUCAAGUAGGACUGACAUACUUGACGAGACAUCAUCUGGUGGAGGGGUGAAUGGAGAAUUAGGAAGGGCUAGCGAGAUACUAAUAAGAGUGGAUUUAGAUUUUGCAUGUUUCUCGGAGAAAUUGGUUAACAUAAGUGUACUUACAAUGCGUGUGGCAACUAGGGAAGUUGACUUCGAAUCAAUUUUGUCAGAUAAAGACAAUUUGCAGGUUGAGUCAAUGGAGAAGGCUGUGGAAUUUGAACUUUUAUCCGGGAUUUUAGAUUCAGAGGUUACAGAACUGUAUAAAUUUAUGGAGCAUCUUGAAACUUACAUUAUUAGUUCCCGUGAAUCGAUAUCUUCAUUUAAGCACUUAGGAGAAACUUUCUUCAAAAUGGAGGAAAAACUACUUGAUUAUGAAGAAUCUUUGAAGCAGUUACGAGAUCAGGUCUCAGAGAUUAAGAUGCAGGCUGUUGAUUUCCAUAGGAUUAUAUCACGCCUUCAUGGAAAUGAUAAUGGGAAUGACGAAGAUGUGAACAUAUCUGAAGCUGAGCAAUACUCCACCGAUAAUGCAAAGAUAAAAAUGCAAACUAUUGAACAGCAAAGGCAUAUUUUGAUAAUGCUGGAGAAAUCUUUGGCUCGGGAAAUUGACUUGGAAAAGAAGUUUACAGAAUCCAGGCAAAUUGAGGAGGAGCUGAAACCAAGGGUACUAUCUUUAGAACAAGGGAUUGUCAGCAUGGAGGAAGAGGCAAUGGAUGUUAAUGGAAGGUUGUUUGAAGCACAGAAUGCUGCAGUGGUGUUUAUGGGCAUUUCACAGGAGCUACUAGGUCGACUUCAACAUGUCCAGUUUAAUUUGAAUAAUUCUGUUCAUCGCGAAACUGAGAUGAGAUCAAAGCUUAAUGAGGCCACAGAGAAGUUGAAAGCCAAAGAAAGUGCAUUGAGGAAGCUUGCAAGUAGUGAUACAAGACUCAAUGAUUUUCUUAUGGCGCAGGUAGACACCUUAAAAGCGAAGUUGGCUGAAGUUGAACAAAAGUUCAUUCUUGCUGAUUCUGAGGCAUUCACUAUGCGUGAUAAGGCAGAUUCAUUAGAUAAACAGCUUAAGGAAUCUGAGUUGAACUUGUUCAAUGCAAACAUUUCUCUUGAUGAAAGUCGGGAACAGCAUGAUAUUUUAUGCUCUCAGCUUCAUACUUUGGAAGAUGAAAUUACUGAUUUGAGAGAGAAAUUAUUUGAAGCUGAGAAAAGAGCAGAUAAUGCUGAAUCUAAAUGCAAAUUGUUAGGAGAGGCUAACAUGGAACUUAAUGAAGAACUGUGUGUUCUUAAAGACCAGGAUGUAACAUCUGAGAAGGUGGAGUUACUUGAGAAGCUGUUGAAGGAAUCUGAAAUCCGGUUAAUGAGUGCUGUAGCUUCUGCUGAAGCUAGUCAGGAGAAGCAAAAUAUGUUGUAUUCUACAAUUGGAGAUAUGGAAAACUUAAUCGAGGAUCUAAAGUUGAAGGUUUCGAAAGCUGAAAAUAGAGCUGAUAGUGCAGAAGAUAAGUGCAUCGUAUUAUCUGAAACUAAUGCAGAGCUCAGUGAAGAGUUGCGUUUCUUGAGGAGUAGACUGGGUGGCUUGGAGGCAUCUCUAAAUCAGGCUGAGGAAAUGAAAAUGGCAACUGCAAGAGACAUAGACAUUCGUACCAAACUGAUAGCGAACUUACUUAUGCAAUUGGCAUCUGAAAGAGAGCGCCUACACCAGCAGAUAUCUGGAUUAGCCAAGGAAAAUAAGAUCUUGGUAGUGAAGUUGAAGCAAGCAGACAAGGACCCCGUUAUUAUUGAGAGCCAUAAGGAGAAUGUCAAGGAUUUUUUUUUCUCAAACCAAUACUCCACUGCUGCUUUUGCAAGAGAAGCUAAGGAAGAAAUAGCCAAGUCAGCAGCCAGUGGUUCUGAGCCUGACAAGACUACUGAAUCUGUUGGUGAGUCCGACGUCAGACCUGCAGAUUCCACAUCUGACUAUGAGACUGUGAGGACAAUAGAUGCAAGAUUGCUUAGCUUCAAGCAUAUUUCCUUGGCAUUGCUCGUCGUGUUAAUGUCAACAGCAGCAGCUUACUACUUCCAGAAGCAGAAAAACCCUUCUAAUUGAUGAACGGUGCAUUCAUGCUGUUAUUUAUUGUGGAACCUUGACAGUUUCUACUCGAUUCCUCUCCUAUACUGAAUCCGUUUGAAGGCUGGAAUCUGAUUUUUCACCUAAGCUGAAAUUGUAUGAAGCCUCAAACUUUAGUAUACAUCUUCACUGAAAUUCUACUCGGAUUUUUUUGAGAGAAUCUGCAUGAUCAUGAAAUUCAUUUUUCGUAUGAGGUGUUAUUAUGUAGAUCGAAGACCUUCAAAUACAUCAGAACUGUCGUUGCGGCGAAAGAUUAGUUUUUUAUGACUUUGGUAGAUGUUCAUCAUGUUGGGUUCAAAGUACAUUUUCUGACUAGUGAUAAUAAAACACUUGGCAAUGAGCUUAUAUUAAUGUCGACA